UCCACCAUGUCCGCCACCAAAUCCCAAGUCAUGGAAACCACCAUGUCUCCCCCGGCUCCGCGCCGCCGCGGCGGUCGAGUUGGUAAUCACUUUAAGAGGUGGUGGUGGGUGCACUUGAUUAUCUUCAUUGCCGUGUUCCUCAUCAUCUUGCUGCCAGUAGUCUAUGUGGCCUACCCCAAGAUCGCCCAGGGCGAUGUCAACGACUCUACCCUCAACAUCACCAGCAUGGUCAUCAGCAACCCCAUGCCGGACUCCUUCGAUCUCAGGCAGACGCAGGUCAUUGGCACGCAUGCCACCUUCCACCCGAAAAUCUACGCCUUCGAAGCGGCCGUCUCGCUCCUCGGUGCCGCGGUGCCCUUUGCGAAUGUCAUGGUGCCGAGUGUCCAGUCCAAGAAUGGUGCGGAGCUCGUCGUCGAGCAGACCGUGGACCUGAGUAACGCCAGUGCGUUUGGAGGUUAUGCAACGGCCGUAAUGCUCAAUGAGGAGGUCACGUUGAAUAUCUAUGGCAAGCCUGGCUUGAAGGAGGGUGGACUGCCGAAGACUACCGUGACUUACAAUAAGACGGUCGCUAUGAAGGGUCUGAAUAAACUCAAGGGCUUCAACGUGACCGAAUUCCACAUCACAAACCUCGGCUCCGGACAGAACAUGAACGGCACCGUCCUCAUCCCCAAUCCCUCCGUCAUGACAAUCACCAUGGGUAACAUCACCCUUGACCUCUCCGUCGGAGGCCAAUAUAUGGGCCAAUCCUAUCUGAACGACUUGGUCCUCAAACCCGGCAACAACUUCAUCCCAAUGACAGCCUCGAUAAACCAAAGCGCCAUCCUGAACAUCGUUACAUCGAAAAACAACCCCUACAAAGACGGCCUCGUGCCGUUCGUCAUCACAGGUAACUCGAGUGUCUACGAUGGAAAAGAGUUGCCGUAUUUCACUAAAGCACUGGCCGCGAACACCCUGACGGUUGGUUUGAAUGUUACCAAAGCCUUGGCUGAGUUCGGCGUUACUUUGUAA